CACUUGGGAGCCGGAUCCGGGCCGAGCGGACGCCGGCAGCCGCACACGGAGAGCCGCCGGGGCCCCGGGGCCGCCGCUCCACCCCCGCCGAUGCCGGCCGCCCGCCCGGUGCGCCCCCGGCCGAGGGCCCGCUGAGCGCGGCCGGAGGGGCGGCGCGGGGGGCGGGGGGCCCGGCCGGGCGCGGCCCUCGCCCGCGGCAAGUUCGCGAGUUGCACUAGUUGGCGGGGCCAUGGAGGAGGGGGACCGCGGGCCGGCGCUGGCGGCCGCCUCGGCGCUGGAGAAGAACGUGGCGGAGCUGACCGUCAUGGACGUGUACGACAUCGCGGCGCUGGUGGGCCACGAGUUCGAGCGGGUCAUCGACCAGCACGGCUGCGAGGCCAUCGCGCGCCUCAUGCCCAAGGUCGUGCGCGUCCUGGAGAUCCUGGAGGUGCUGGUCAGCCGCCACCACGUCGCGCCGGAGCUGGACGAGCUGCGCCUGGAGCUGGACCGCCUGCGCCUCGAGCGGAUGGACCGCAUCGAGAAGGAGCGCAAGCACCGGAAGGAGCUGGAGCUGGUGGAGGACGUGUGGAGGGGGGAGGCGCAGGACCUGCUGUCCCAGAUCGCCCAGCUGCAGGAGGAGAACAGGCAGCUCCUGACCAACCUCUCCCACAAGGACGCCGGCGAGGCCGAGGAGGACUUCCAGAAGCAGGAAGGCAUGUCGGAGCGGGAGCGGCAGGUGAUGAAGAAGCUGAAGGAGGUGGUGGACAAACAGCGCGACGAGAUCCGCGCCAAGGACAGGGAGCUGGGCCUGAAGAGCGAGGACGUCGAGGCCCUGCAGCAGCAGCAGACGCGGCUGAUGAAGAUCAACCACGACCUGCGGCACCGCGUCACCGUGGUGGAGGCCCAGGGCAAGGCCCUGAUCGAGCAGAAGGUGGAGCUGGAGGCCGACCUGCAGACCAAGGAGCAGGAGAUGGGCAGCCUGCGGGCGGAGCUCGGGAAGCUGCGGGAGCGGCUGCGGGGCGACCCCCGCCAGAACGGCGAGGAGGAGCCCGAGGCGGAGCCCGGCGCGGAGGAGAGCAUCUCGGAGGCCGAGAAGGCGGCCAUGGACCUCAAGGACCCCAACCGCCCCCGCUUCACGCUGCAGGAGCUGCGGGACGUGCUGCACGAGAGGAACGAGCUCAAGUCCAGGGUGUUCCUGCUGCAGGAGGAGCUGGCGUACUAUAGGAGUGAAGAAAUGGAAGAGGAGAAUCGGGUGCUCCAGCCCCCGCCCGCCGUCCACCCGAGAAUGUCCCCCCAGCCCGAGUCCGGGAUCAAGCGACUUAAAGAAGGUCCUUUAAGUGACGGGUUUAGCUUCUUCUCCCGGGACAAGAGGCGCCUGGCCACCACGCAGCGGAGCCCGCACGGCCAGGAGUCCUUCGGCCAGUGGGCCAGCGCCCACCGGGACGACGGCUACACGGAGCAAGGACAGGAGGCCCUGCAGCACCUGUGAGCCUGCCGCCGCCCUCGGACCUGCACCGGAACCCGGCACCGCGGCGCCCGCCACGGCCCCCCGGCGGCCCAGGGCUUGCACACCCCUCGGUCCAGGUGCCCCUCAGAACGGGGCCCUCAGACGGACUGUCCGCUCCGAGGAAGCACGUGGAAAACUUGCCAAACUCUCCGGAGAUGCGUGUGGAUGCCAGGCCCUCCGUGUGAUAGGUGACUGAUCCCUCGGUUUCUAUUGAAUGAGCGUGAGUGGAGGCCGGACGCUGCGUUGACUUCAGUAACACAAGCUUCUUUCAGCCAAAUACACCUCCUGCCACUGCUGA